AUGAAGAAGAAAGGUAGCAAGAGUGCCUCCUCUGGACCUCACUUUCCCUCGCUCUUGAAGAGUCAAGACGUCGUCAAUCUUACCGUUCAAGCUCACGGCAAGAGUGACCUAGCUAGAGCUUGUACCGAAGACGAAACCCCCGAAACCGUUCCGGAGGGUUGGUUCUGUGUUCAUGAGAAGUAUAUCUCGAAAUGCCAUCUUAGGUUCCCUCUCCCCACCCUCUUGCUAGAUCUCCUAGAUCACUACCAGCUGGCCCUUCCCCAACUUUGUCCCUCGGUUAUCCGAGUGAUAAACGGAUUCAUUACUAGAGCCAAGGAAGAAGGGGUUAUUGCGGGGUUGACCGAGCUGAUGAGUUUCUUCUCGAUAAAGGAGAAGAUUAAGGAUUCUGUCAAAUUGUCUGGCAAACUUACCAGAGCUCUCCACCGGAAGCUGCAGAACAGCCCCAAUACCUGGGCGGCUUACACUACCACAAGAGUCGGAUCAGCUAGGUUCCAUGAACGAUACAAGGCUUCCUUUCCUGAUUUGGUUUCAGUUGCCGGUUUAGAAGUCUCUGAUGGUGAAUCGGUAUUUGAAGUCUCGUCUGGAGCCAGUACCUCCGAAAAGACUCAAUCACAGAAGAUGCCUAUUCAGCCUUCGUUCCGUUCUAGGGGUAGGUCGACCAAGGCUGCCAGCUCCUCUCGAGGAAGCGACAAGAACCAGGGAGGAUCCUUUCUUGACUCCGUGAAGGAAGUCCUCGAUGAGGGAGGCUCCGCUCCUGCUAAAGAUGUUGGUCCUUCGGAGCCCAGAGUUCAGGAAGUUGGUCUUCCCUCCGAGGUUCCGGUGACGGAAGCUGAUCCUCAAAUGUCGAGGGAUCCCCCAGAAUUUGAGCCUCCGAGGAGCAAGAGGUCCCGGACAGACCAAGUUGAUAGACCUUCGAGGCAUAUGAAGAGAACUGGGUGCGCUCUCCCCUCGAUCGCCAACCUCUCAAACAAAGAGGAGUACGUUGACAUUGCCCAUUGCAUGGGUCAGCUGGCUGGAGCUAUCAACAGGGCUCAGUUCAAGUUCGAGGACGUUGUGCACAAUGACCCCAGCGCUGAAGAAUUAGCUCAGGUUACUGACCUAGUCAAGGCCACCAAGACCGAGCUCAACCAGAAUCGGGCUCUGAUCUCGGAACUUCAAGCUGAGAUAGCCGAGUACCAGGUUAAAGAGCUGAUUGCUUCAUCCCAGAGCAGCCAGAAGAAAAAGGAGGCUGAGGUCAGGCUAGCCGUUCGGAGAGGAAAGAGGGAGGUAGCUGACGCUUACAACAAGGUUCUGAGUGCUGAAGACGAGUACGCUCGUUUGGUGGCUAUGAUGCCAGAGGCUGUUGCUGCGUACGAGAAGGCUCAGCCCCAGUUGAAGUUGCCCCGGGAGAUGGCGACAAGGAGAUGGAGGAAGAGGUUCCUGAUGAGGAGGAUGAUCCGGUUGACAAGGGAGAUGAGAAGAGCUCAUGUGACAAGGAUGUUUAAGAGCUGA